AUGCCGAUGUGUCGGCCAGUGGCAAGUGGGCCUUCCAAAAGGGAGACAUACGUCUAUAUACCGCCUGGUAUAGUGGCAGAUGAUGAGGUUUAUCUCAGUCGCGAUAUCAUCAAGGAGGGACUUACCCAAAGAGACAAGUCUCGGAGCAACUGGGCGGGGGCUUCUCAUACCUGGGAAUCGCCAAAUCCUAGAUGCGUGUUCUGCAACAAGUCAUUCGAUGAGAAUCACGAGAGGACUAGCCGUAUACCUUCUUGCAAGCAUUAUUCCCAUCGUCUAUGUCUAGAAGAAAAGGGGUCGACUGGAGAAAAGCCAUGCGCAACUUGUAAGAUGGAAGCAGAUCUCAUACAGCAGGCAUCUAUCAACAGCGGCGACGGUGGCAUCUGGGACCUACUCCUCAAAGCUUACAAUCAUCCUAUAUCCAAGCUUCUUAAUUAUGCAAAUCUCGCGUUUUCUGCACAUUAUUUUAAUUUGACUGGCCGCAUCUUCAGAUAUCUAUUCAACACUGCUGGAUGA